CCUCUGCAGAAGUGUCCAGACAAACUCAUUUCAGCUCCCACGGACAUGCAAGCCGCUCUAGUAGCACAACUUUCCUGGGUGAGCUUAACCUGGUCAGUUAUUCGCGUCAGUUAGCACAGCUGGAAGAAGAAAGUCCAAACCUGCCCCAGCUCCGACGGCAGUGGGUGGGUUCGGCUUGUUUUCUUGCUCAUAUUUAGAUGACGCAGUAUCGGGGAGGAGCAUCCCAUGGUUCCCAUGGCCCUCAAAACCAAAACAGAAAGCAGAGGCAGCUGCCUGUGACAAAACGGGCUGUGGUGUCAGAGGCCAGCCAGCACAGGACCUGGCAGCAGCCACAGACCAGCUCAGCUCGCCAGGGCAGCACCUCGGCCCUCUCCAGUGUGUUUUGGCUCCGCACCCAGCCUGUAGAGCCACAGACCGUCCUGUCCAAAGUCACAGGUGUCCCCUUAGAGGCAGAGGGGCUGCAGACGUCUGGGAGAAGCCCCAGCUGGACACCGAGUGACAGCUCUUUCCUGUUUAUCCGCUGCUUCUCAGCCUUGCUGCCUCCAAACCAGCCUCGGAUGCUGCGUCUGUGGCUGCCCUGCACAAAGCAGAAGCCUGCAAGUGGGCACUGAGGACAAUCCACAUUUCUGGGAGAGGAGCAGGGAGUCGGGUUUGCCAGGAAGUCUGAGAGAGGAACGAAGAGGAUGGCAAUCACAGCAGGCAUCCCUACAGCAGGCUUUCCCAUGGUAUCAAGAAAGCAUGCAGGCAUCAGGAUGGGUCUGCUGCAACAGAGGUGCACCGGGCACCUGCUCUGUGCGCUGAUCUUCCUCGAGGCUGCCGGGGUCUUGGCAUUGAUGUUCUACGCACUGCUGUGGGAAGCUGGGAACCUGGUCGACCUCCCUGACAAACGUAUUGGCUUUUACAACUUCUGCCUGUGGAACGAGACAGCUGGGGAGCUGCAGUGCCUAAAGUACAAGCAUCUGCAGGUGAUCGGCAUCAGCCUACCAGGCAUGGCAUUAGCCAGGGUUUGUGUGUAUGCCUGCCUGGUCUUCAGCAUGUUCUACCCCAUUUUUGUUGCACAUGUGAAGUGUGCAGAGGAGAGAGAGGGCUGGAAAGUGAUCCUCAUCAUACUCAUCAUCAAGAUGACAGGCCUGUCUGCAGGCCUGGGUAUAUUUCUUUUCCAAACCUCGCAGUGGAUCCAGCUCUCUGAUUUCACUGAGGGCUUCCUGGCACUGGUUGGGACUCAGGCUCUGCUACUGCUCCAGAUUCUCACUGCCACUGUGUACCUCAGCUGGGACAAGCACACACACAUGUCAAAGCCCUUUUACUGAGGAGGCCCUGCCCAUUGAGGCCAGACAGUGAAGAAGAUGCAAGAGCUAUUGAUAAACAGAUUUAAAACGGUAAUCUCACUACAGCUUUAGUCACUGGCAGGAAUUUGAUCCUUAGUCCAAAGGCCCAUGUCCAGCCAUGCUCUGGCAUAGAGCUGUGAUUGCAGCACUCCUGCAGGGAGUGGGCAGCAGGCACCAACACCCACAGCACGGUGUGGGAGCAUCCUGGCAACAGCAGCACGUAACACACCCCUCAGCCUGGGGCACAUCAAAGGGACAGCAUUUCUGGCCCUGAUUCAGAGGACUGUGGGGAACAGAUCAGAACCAGCACCCAGUGGAUGUGUCCCUCUGGCCAUAUCUAGCCUAAAUAUAGGCAGGCAGAAAAGCAAACAGGCUUCGUUUCUUGCAGUUGCCCAAAGAGACUCUGCUGCUUCUCCACCUCCUGGGCUAACCAGGGAUGUCUCUUGAGGCAAUUAUGACUCGAGGAGCUCUGGCUUCACAUUGCCAUCACAGUGGUGGCAACACCAGAGGCACAAUGAAAAUACUGUCUUCAGCAGGAGCACCUGUACUUCACCUGCUAGAACAGUAUCUGGAGUGACUCUGCUGUAGUUCAUCAGGUGAAGUGGCCCACAUUCAACCCCAGCAGCAGCAGAACACCUGGAGGGGCAGCCUAACAACUUAACACAGUCCUAAUAAUGGGGGGUUCCACAAGGAAGCAAAAGAUUUUGGUGCAGAGCCCCAGGUUUGUCCUCACUGAUAUUACAGGGCUGAGCCCAGCACUCCAGCAGCCUUUGAGACACCAGGAGAGACUAGUUCAGUGCGAGAGUGUAUUGGGUUUGUGCGGCAAGGUUUUGGUAGCAGGGGGGGUACAGGCGUGGCUUCUGUGACAAGCUACUAGAAGCUUCCCCCAUGUCCGACAGAGCCAAUGCCAGCCGGCUCCAAGACAGGCCCGCUGCUGGCCAAGGCCGAGCCAAUCACCAACGGUGGUAGCACCUCUGGGAUAAGAGUUAAGAAGGAAAAAAAAAAAAACAACCUAGUGGGACCUUUUGCAGCCAGAGAGAGGAGUGAGAAGAUGUAAGAAACUCUGCAGACACCAAGGUCAGUGCAGAAGGAGGGGGAGGAGGUGCUCCAGGAACCGGAGCAGAGAUCCCCCUGCAGCCCAUGGUGAAAACCAUGGUGAGGCAGGCUGUCCCCCUGCAGCCCAUGGAGGAAGGAUGAUGGGGAGUGGAGAUUCCACUUGCAGCCCGCGGAGGACCCCACACUGGAGCAGGUGGAGACGCCUGAAGGAGGCUGUGACCCCAUGGGAAGCCAGCGCUGGAGCAGGCUCCGGGCAGGACCUGUGGACCCAUGGAGAGAGGAGCCCACGCAGGAGCAGGUUUGCUGGCAGGACUUGUGACCCCAUGGGAGGGACCCCACGCUGGAGCACAGGAAGAAUGUGAGGAGUCCUCCCCCUGAGGAUGAAGGAGUGGCAGAAGCAAGGUGUGAUCAACUGACCACAACCCCCAUUCACCGUCCCCCUGUGCCUCUGAGCAGGGGAGUAGGUAGAAAUCGGGAGUGAAGUUGAGCCUGGGAAAAAGGGAGGGGUGGGGGGAGGUGUUUUAAGAUUUGGUUUUAUUUCUCAUUGCUCAGUAAUGUUAGAUGAAUUUUGCUCUAAGUUUAGUCCGUCUUGCCUGGGAUGGUAAUUAGCAAGGGAUCUCCCUGUCCUUAUUUCAGCCCACAAGCCUUUCAUUAUACCUUUUUUCUCCCCUGUCUAGUUAAGCUAGGGGGAGUGAUAGAGCAGCUUUGGUGGGCACCUGGCCUCCAGCCAGGGUCAACCCACCACAGUGGGCAGCUCACCACAGUCAGCUCAGCCCAAUACACACCCCAUGCAAGGGUGCGCUCAGGGAGCAGGGCCAGGGCUGCCACAGGCUGGGGUGCAGUGCCCCAGCUGGGCCAUCACAGCCAGAGCGCUGGAUGGGGUGUCUCUGCCAUGGCGGUGCACAGGACUGCUCCAUGCCAUGUCUGUGACGCUGCACAAAGAAGUGCCCACUUUCUCCCCCAUCCCCUUCAGGCACAUGAGGGUCUGCUAUCUCUCCUGCUGCAGUCUUGGUGGGGAUGUGGCCAGGGAUACUGGUUUGACUGUUUCUUCAUUCCAAUAAAGGCUCUCGUACCUGC